CAACACCUUUUGAAAAAGUAAAAUUGGAUACUUGCCUGCGAUUAGAUACUCUUCAGAAAUAAAACAAUUUUUAAUUAUUCAUUUCAUUAUUUCUCAUUUAUUACCACUAAAUACCCAAUCAUGCUUACGUGGAAGACCCACCAACGGCUAUUUUCUUUUAAUAAUCCGACCGUUUAUUUUCAAAGCCACAAAGUCCACCCUUUUCAAUCUUAACGGCAACCUGGCUCCACCGUUUGUCGCCAUAAGUCCAAAUUAAUAACAUCACAACCGUUCGAUUUGAUAAGUUAACGGCCGAGAUUACUUGCCCGUUAAUAAUUUAAAAGAAAGCCCUUUCUUGUUCUCUACAAAAGUAACUCUGAGCAGGGGAUUUCAAAAUGUAAAGCCUUUCGGUUUCCUUAAAUCUUUAAAUUUCUCUGAUGAAAUCUUGCAAGUUUGUUUUCAUUGUCGGAUAAAUUUUAAAUAUUCUUUUGUGAUUAAAUCCCAUUUGAGUGAGAAAUGGUGGUUACGGAUCAUAAUUCUCCGUCGUCGUCUCCGGUGAGGAUUACAGUUUCUUCCUCAGGCGCGUUUCGUAAUGUGGGCUUGACAAGUCCGGUGAGAAGAGCUUCUAUUUCGAAUUCUCCACUUAGCGGUGGAGAAAUCAAGCGGCUGAGUGGUGGGAGACGAGGUUCUGGGAAUGGCGUCGGCGGUGGCGGCGGCGGUGGUGGAGGGAGGUAUCUUUCUAUGUCCAAGGAAGAGGGCGAUGAAUACGUUGCUUAUACUGUUCAAAUCCCUCCAACGCCGGAACACCAUUUCAUGUCGAAUUCCCUGACGAGUCCUGAGUAUGCGAAAGUUCAUGGAAACCCAAAUGAGAAUCGGAUCAAAGACACCGUGUUCACCGGAGGAUUCAAUUCCGAGACACGAGCACAUGCCAGGAGGAUGAAAUCAGUUGAAGAAAUGGUGGCGAGUAAGUCGAAAUUGCUAUGUCAGGUGGACGGAUGUGACGAGAAGCUGCUGGAUAAAUCUUCGAAAUCUCAGUGCGAAUGUGGAUUUAGAAUAUGUAACGAGUGUUACAUGGAUUACUGUUCCAGUAGAGCUGGUGUUUGUCCUGGGUGUAAAGAACCAUUUCGAGAAGCCGGCGAAGAAGAAGAUGAAGAUGACUAUCAGCCGAUUAUGUCGGAGGAGAAAGACACGGUGAAUCCGCUGAGGAAGAACCGUGGUGGUAUCAAACUGGAGAACAACUUUUCACUGGUGCGAUCCUUUAAGGCACCAAAUCAAGAAUUUGAUCACACACGGUGGCUCUUCGAAACAAACGGAACUUAUGGAUUCGGAAAUGCGGUGUGGCCAAGAGAGGGGUGUCACCGUGGUGGUGCUGACAACUACGAAACUCAGCCAAUGUUCAAUGAUCGGAGGAACAGACCGUUGACAAGAAAAGUUGGGAUUUCAGCUGCCAUAAUCAGCCCUUACAGGUUGCUGAUAGUUUUCCGGCUGGUGGCUCUGACUCUGUUUUUAACAUGGCGAAUCAUGCAUCCCAACCAAGAAGCAGUCUGGUUAUGGCUGAUGUCGGUAAUCUGUGAAGUUUGGUUCGCGUUUUCAUGGCUUCUCGACCAACUUCCCAAGCUCUGCCCAGUCACCCGAUCCACAGAUCUCUCUGUGCUCAAAGAAAGAUUCGAACCCACCACGAACAAUCCUAAAGGACUCUCCGAUCUACCUGGGAUUGAUAUCUUCGUUUCAACAGCAGACGCCGAUAAAGAACCACCUCUCGUCACUGCAAACACCAUCCUUUCAAUCUUAGCAGUCGAUUAUCCGGUUGAUAAGGUCGCCUGCUACCUCUCCGACGAUGGUGGCUCACUGGUAACAUUUGAAGCUCUUGCGGAGGCUGCUAGCUUCGCUAGCACAUGGGUACCUUUCUGCAGGAAACAUGAAAUUGAGCCCAGAAACCCAGAGGCGUAUUUUUCACAGAAAGGUGAUCCAUUGAAGAACAAACGACGGGUUGAUUUCGUUAGGGAAAGAAGACGGGUUAAACGAGAAUACGAUGAGUUUAAAGUCAGGAUCAACGCAUUGCCGGAGACUAUCCGGCGAAGAUCCGAUGCCUGUAAUGCAAGAGAAGAGCUUAUAGCGAAGAAGAAACAAAUGGAGCUUGGUGGUAGCUCGUCUGAAUCAGUGAAAGUCCCCAAAGCUACAUGGAUGUCCGACGGAAACACGUGGCAUGGAACCUGGUUUUCCGGCGAAGAAGAUCACUCAAGAGGUAACCAUGCCGGAAUUAUCCAGCUUAUGUUGGUUCCACCAGGUCCUGAAUGCACCUACAAAACUGAAAACGAUCCAGAGGACCUGAUCGAUUCACGAAACGUUGAUACGAGACUACCGAUGCUUGUUUAUGUAUCUCGAGAAAAGCGUCCUGAAUUUGAUCACAACAAGAAAGCAGGAGCCAUGAAUGCUCUGGUUCGAGCAAGUGCGAUCAUGUCAAAUGGAUCGUUUAUCCUUAACCUUGAUUGUGAUCAUUACAUAUAUAACUCAUUGGCUUUAAAAGAAGGAAUGUGUUUCAUGCUUGAUCGAGGUGGUGACAAGAUCUGUUACGUUCAAUUCCCUCAGAGGUUCGAAGGUAUCGAUCCCAGCGAUCGUUACGCAAAUCAUAACACAGUGUUCUUUGAUGUUAGCAUGAGAGCUCUCGACGGGUUGCAAGGUCCGAUGUACGUCGGCACCGGUUGUAUUUUCCGGCGAAUUGCGCUUUACGGGUUUAGCCCACCUCGAGCCACUGAACACCAUGGAUGGUUCGGUGGGAAGAAGAUCAAGUUUUCAUUGAGAAGAAUGAAAAAGAAUAAAUCGGAUGACGAUGCUGAGAUGAUCUUGCCGAUUGUAGAUGAUCGGAACAACAGCGAAGCAGAUGAUGAACUCAAACAGGCCUUGAUUCCAGAACGCUUCGGAGAUUCCACCUAUUUGAUCGACUCGAUUGCUGUUGCUGAAUUUGGAGGACGAUUGAUUCAUGAGUUACGUGGAAAAGGCAGCCAUGGAAGACCUUCAGGGUCUCUUGCAGUUCAACGCGAACCAAUCGAUCGAGCAGCCAUUGAAGAAGCAAUUAAGGUCGUGACCUGUUUCUAUGAAGAUAAAACCGAAUGGGGUAAACGGGUCGGGUGGAUCUACGGGUCGAUUACUGAAGAUGUUGUGACAGGUUAUCGGAUGCAUAAUCGAGGGUGGAGAUCGGUGUACUGUGUCACCAAAAGGGAUGCUUUCCGGGGAACAGCUCCGAUCAACUUAACAGACAGGUUGAUUCAAGUUCUCCGGUGGGCUACAGGGUCUGUUGAAAUCUUUUUCUCAAGGAACAACGCUCUGUUUGCUAGCCGGAGAAUGAAGUUUUUACAGAGGAUUGCGUAUUUCAACGUCGGAAUGUAUCCAUUCACCUCAAUUUCCUAUUGGCAUACUGCAUCCUCCCGGCGCUCUCCCUCUUCUCCGGCAAAUUCAUCGUUCAAUCUCUGA